AUGUCCCUCCGUGCCGUCCUCGCCGCCGGCCUCCUCGCAUUCCUCGGCGCCUUCCCCCCUCUCCCAGCCGCACCGGGAGCAGCCUCCGCCGCCGCCCUCGUAGCGCCGGCGCCGACCCGCCCCGUCCUCGAGCCCCAGGCCCAGCACCCCAGCGGCCGCGUCUCUAGCGUGUACCCGCGGGGGCCCUACGAGGCGGCGCGGGCCCGCCGCUCUCGCGCGCGGGCGUACCGCAACGACACGCGCGCGCACGAGCUCUGCGCCGAGAGCACCUUCGCGGACACGACGAACGCGUCGGCGCUGGCGGCCGCCGCCGACUGCGCCGCCAUCGCGGCCGACCUGCGCGCGCACCCGGGCUACUUCGCGUUGGGGUCGGCGGCGGUCGGCGGUACUUGGGCGCGCCUCGCAGCGAGCGGGACCUGCGCGUUCGGCGUGCGGCGCCCGACGCCGGCUGCCCUCGAGCUCGGCGACAAGGACGUCCGCGACAGCAUCACCGUCGCGCUCGCGCGCUUCCACCACGGUGGCCGCGUCGCUGCCGCUGGUAACUUCUCGUGCGCUGGCGUCCCGGUCACGUGGGUGAUCGGGCGGGCGGUUUGAUGGCGGCGAGAGGGUGAGGAAUAGGGGGUAAAGGGGGGAGGGGAGAGGAAGAUCUCGUAGGAGAACUGGGGAUGCGCAGGAUAUAGACGGAAGCGCGAUCUUGCGAAAGAGGAGGACAAGGACUGGCUCUGUUUCUCUGUCCUGACUGGGACAGGCACGCCCUAGUAGAGGAACGUAAAGACGUAGUAGGCGAGUCCGUACAGUUUAAAUAUAGUGUAGACUCGGAAUAUCCGCCUGUUGUAUACGCUUGCGUGCUUUUUACCCCUGGUUACUAUAGCAUGCACCAG